GGGCGCACGCCUCUGUAGGUCACGGAAGCUGCGGCAGACGAUUUCCGUGUUGUUUACGAAUCGUCGUUCUGCACGUGGGAUUGUGACUAGCAAGUAUUUCAUGCAGGGAUGUGAUGUAACUCACUCGUGAAUGCCUUACCCCUUACUAUGAAAGGAUGUGAGACUCCACCAGCACCCCCUCCCCCCCCACCACCCCCUCCUCCCCUGAGGGUGGAGCCUGAGGUGGAGGAGCCAGGAGCCAUCAUAUGCUCCGACCAUGUCUGCCAGUCGCCUGAACACCUUGGAAGGGAGGCCUACCACAACUUCGUCAAUCAUCCCAAUACAAUUGCCAAGUAUCUGGAAGGGCAGUGUUACCUGUCCUUUUACCGUCCAGUGCAGCCAAUGAUACAGAAAGGGCCGCUAUGUGGGAUGGUGGCACUAGCAAUGGCUGCCCCCCUUCUCUCCAAACAGGAUGUUUCAGCUGAAAGUAUCUUUGAGAAAAGCAAGAGCAAAAAAUAUUCUCGCCAAGGAGAACUAUUUUCGGCGGACUGGGUGAUCCAUCUUGCCCAAGACAUGCUGAAGUGUGAUGCUGAGCAGCUGGAGAUGAAGGAGGGGCGUGGCGCUGUAGUGUGGAAGAUGCUCCGGGGAUCGAUGCUGCUGGUGCCUUAUGAUGCUGACAAGAAUCACUACCCCUGUCUGAAGAAAGGACACAAGGCUCAUUGGGCACUCAUUACAGGAUUCUUCGUGGUACUUGACAAGGCCCUUGAGAAGACUCUAAAGGACUACCUGCCCCCAGACCCGGAGGUGCCCAGAUUGUACCACUGUAAAGAUCCCAGACAGCUGGUAGUGGUGCAGCAUCAGAUCGUCAAGUCCUGUAAGAUUGUGCAUGUGUAUGGACACCAGGGCAAGAGCAAGUACCCGCGCGUCUGGCCUCUAGAUGAUCUCCUUGCCAGUAACGCCAAUCUGCGCGAGAUCGACCCAGAGAGGGUCAAGGACAUACAGGACUACAUUGUCCCUGGAGGUGGCAUAAGGGCUGGACUAUGCGGCAGGAUCGUGACAGUCACUGCCAAGAAAUAACAUCACUGCAGCUUUGUUUGCCCAAACAAUAUUGUGUUCAAUGGUUAUUCCUCAAAUUAGAUCUGUUAUCAUUACUUUAUCUCAAGUUAUUCUGAGAUAUUUAAAAUGAAUGACAGUUUGUAGUGAUGCAGAAUAAGAGGUUCCAUAGGUCAAUGAGAUCAGUGUGCUACAUGAGGUUUGAUUCUUUAGUAUUUUCAUACUUGUAAUGUUUUGACAUUUGGGUUAUGAAACGGAUCCAUCAACUUUCAUUCAUAGUUUCUGAAACUGUUUUCUGUUUCAUUGAUAUGAUUUUCAGGUAAGGCAUUUAAACCAGAUGUGUUUAUACCAGUUGGGUUUGGGGGAUGAAGUAGCCUGCCGGGUUGUCCGGAAUACCCUAUGUACACAUGGUGCAGUAUCCCAGUAGAGAUGCUGUACACUCCCAUUGCUGCCAUAUAUUAUGGGAUACUCUAAUGACUUGGUUAGACAGGUAACCAGGAAACUUUGCAAUUACAUGUGCUGAAAAAGAUGUAUUUACUCAGCGGAUACACGAGAUGGGCUUGCCAGUGAAGCUAAGAUUCCAAACAUCACCGGCAUACAUGAUGAUGAUACAGGUCGGUUGAUACUGAUGAUCAUGUGGUUGGCCUUUCCACAAGGAAUGAAGUUGGGUACUCCAAGCUUUAAGUCGAGAGUUACGUCCAUGGCCCAAGAGGACCAAUACUACCUGGGACCGGUGAAUAUUGCUGAGUGCAGCAUCAAACAACAAAUCAACCAACCAAUACCACCUGGUAUAAAAUGUCAUUGUGACUUGACCUGUAAUAGGAUGUUUUUAGAUCUUUGUGUAACAGUAGUGUUAGGAUCUGAUUUCAAUGACAUGGACUGCAAAAUAUUUAUUGUGUUCAACAAAUUUUACACUAUAUAUAACAUGUAAAGAUACACGGCAUUACAUAUUACAAUAGACUAUGGUUUAGGAUGUAUAGUGAUGUAUAGUGCACACUGCAUAUAUUACAGUAUUUAUGCAAGUCACUAGUGAUACUGUGUGUGAUGAGUACGUAAUCACACAAGAAUCCAUGUUGCACAGUUUCCAUAUAUUUGAGGUUACUAUUUUCCUAACUAUUUUUGCAGUAUGGAUAUUGUGGGUAUAAAAUACCAUCUUGCCAACCUUGCUUUAUUGGCAGUGUUGGUAUGGAAAUAUAUGCAAGAAAAUGGAUAUUACAAGGUGUUCCUUUGUACUGUGUUCUGUGAGUGUGAGAGCUUGACUCAUCAUAUUUUAUGACUGCUUCUUUUGAUUGGCAAAACUUUACAUGUGAUGCAUCAGAUGUUUAGUGAUGAGUUAGUGCAGUCAUGCAGGGUGUUGUAGCAAAGUAGGGAUUAUAUGGGGCUAUUGAUGUAGUUGUGUUGUGUUGGGUGCAGGGUGUUAUAACAUUGCUGGUUGUUCAUGCACAGCAGGGGUGUUAUAGUAAGAUGUUGCCAUGCAGGGGUGUUAUAGCAACAUGUUAUAGCCAUGCGCAGUUGUUAUAGCAAGAUAUAUUGAUAAAGGGGUGUUAUAGCAUAAUGUUGUAGCCAUGCAGGGAUGUUAUUGCAAGACAGUAAUAAAGGGUGUUACAGCGUAAUGUUGUAGCCAUGCAGGGAUGUUAUCACAAGACGUACAGUGAGGCAGGGGUGUUAUAUAGAUGCAGGGGUAUUAUAGAGAUGCAGGGGUAUUAUAAUGUUAAAGAUGGUAACAGUGUAGCUGAUUAUAACCAAUUUGAUGUUCAGACUAUCCAAUAUCAAUGAUCAGUGUUUGGAUGUCUGCAAUUACUCCUGUAAUUGUGGUUAUUCUAGUAAUACUUGUAACUGUCCCUUUUUUGUACAAUUGGACAUUGCCCAUACCAUUCCUUAAGAUGGAUUGUAAAAUAUGUCUGAGUUUAAAUAAUCUUAUGAAGAGGUAAGUGUAGCCUUGUGUAUAAAGAAUGCAGAAAAUAUUUUAAGUCUAAAUCAUGAACCUAUGGAUAAUGUGAGAAUUUGAUGUUUGCCUGUGACCAGGCAGUCUACAUGAGUCUUUCAUUGUUUUGCUGCAGUACAAAGUGUUUGUCUUGCAGAGUGAGCUGUGAAAAACAGUUAAGAUGAGUGUGAAUCUCUAUUAAGACAAGUGUGAGAUACAAUUUAGACAGUAGAUCGGUGGGACACUGUACAGAUAUGUACAAGGUAAAGUAGGUUCCAUUCCUUCCCAUAGUACAUUCGAAAUCUUCUGAACAUUUCCGAAUAGGUGAUUUACUAACAUAUUAACUCCUGCUUUGACGUAAGAAACAGAUAUAAAUCCUUGAAAACUAAUAUUUGAGGGACCAUGUUCAGAUAUAACAUUUUAGUUGCUGAAAGCUUUCUACUGAAUAUGUUGCAAUCAUAGCUUUAGAAUGUUCUUGGUGUUUGGGUCAGUUGGGUUAUUUUUAAAAUAGAGUAAUCUUGUCUCUUAAGAAUGUCUAAUAUGUGAACUUCAGGGAGAAAAGAAAAGACUACUAAAUAGAAUUGAAAUGAAAUCAUGAUACAGAGAUGAAUAAAGUUACUUACUAAAGGUUGUAUUGCAUAACAACCAAGUGACUUCAGAGUUACCUCCCUUGGAUCUUGUUCAACUUGUCAGAGAUAAUUCUCAUCUUGUUACUAUGGUCAUAUUGCUGUUUCAUGAAAUGCAAAAUUACGCAAUUCCAAUUAUUGCUUAUCCUCAUGUUGUCUAAAUUAUUUCAAUCAGUUUGAUGUGUGUGCUGUUGCUACAUUAUUGAUGCAUAUGUUGUCUACUUUAACAUGGCAGUGAGAUGCAGUGUUUGCCAGACUGGGCUACAGUAGACAAAACCUUUGCUGCAUACAUUCUGUGCUGUUGUUGUUUUUAUUGUUUUUCAGGCCUUUUCCACCUGAGAUGAUGCAUGAAAUAAAGGUUCCAACAUGUG